UUCUGGAAGAAGUUUUCAUGUAGGAGGCGGCCGGAGAAAAUCAAAAAAGAGACUGAACGGAAAUUGAAGAGUCAAAUGGCUACUUCUUCAUAAGUUUCUUCUGCCAAAUGUGGGCAUGAUCUGAAUUGUUGUUGAGUUCUGUCGUGCGGUUAAUCCUGUGCAAGUGCACCAUCAAAAGGAGAGCUCUCAUUCUGCACUAAGGUUAUGGUUUUUAAUGCAAAGCUUCGAGUACCUCACAUGAAAUCGUUGAGCCCAAAAUCUGCCCACCCAAUUUUCAAACUCAUAGAACAAUGCAAAAACAUAGCCACUCUCAAGCAAGUGCAUGCUCAAGUGAUCAUAUCUGGGCUUAUUCUCCACACUUACCCUCUCAGUCGCAUACUCAUUUUGUCCUCCACCCUAGCCGCCGCCAACUCCUAUGCGCUAACCAUUUUCAACCAAGUAAACAAUCCAACAAUUUUCCUUUUCAACACCCUCAUCUCAUCAUCCCUUGCUAGGAAAGAUGAUCAAGUUCACUUUUCCUUAGCUCUUUACACUCGUAUUCUCACUCAAACCACUCUCAAGCCCAAUAAUUACACUUACCCGUCUCUUUUUAAGGCUUGUAGUUCUCAACCAUGGCUUCAACAUGGCCGUGCCUUGCACACCCAUGUCUUGAAAUUCCUUGAACCACCUUAUGAUCAUUUUGUUCAAGCCUCGUUGCUUAAUUUCUACUCCAGGAGUGGCAAAUUGGGGGUUGCAAGAUUCCUCUUUGAUCAAAUCACAAGACCGGAUUUAGCUUCUUGGAACUCCAUACUUACAGCUUAUGCCCAUAAUACUUCUGUUCAAUAUGAAGCCAGUUUUGAUAAUGCUUAUGAUAGGACUAAUUUGUCAUUGGAAGUUCUGCUUUUGUUUAAUCAAAUGCAGAAAUCUUUGACUAGUCCUAAUGAAGUUAGUUUGGUGGCAUUGUUUAGUGCUUGUGCUGAUUUGGGUGCACUUAGUCAGGGGAUAUGGGCUCAUUAUUAUGUGCUUAGGAAUAGACUCAAGCUCAACCGCUUCGUUGGCACAGCUUUAAUCACCAUGUAUGCAAAUUGUGGCCGUCUUGAUAUUGCCCGACAGUUGUUCGAUCAAUUGCUCGAAAGAGACACAUAUUGUUAUAAUUCCAUGAUUAGAGGACUUGCAGUGCACGGCCUUGGGCUGGAGGCUCUUGACCUUUUCGUGAAAAUGGAAUUACAAGGUUUGGUUCCAGAUGAUGUAACUAUGCUAGUUAUAAUAUGUGCUUGCUCUCAUGUGGGGUUGGUUGAUCAAGGCUGCAAAUUUUUUGGGUCAAUGAAAGAGGAUUAUGGAAUUGAGCCUAAGCUUGAGCAUUAUGGGACCUUAGUGGAUCUUUUGGGUCGGGCAGGCCGGGUGAAGGAGGCUGAGGAAAUAGUUCAGACCAUUCCUAUGAAGCCAAAUGCAGUUCUUUGGAGGUCUUUAUUAGGAGCUGCUCGUGUUCAUGGUAACUUAGAGGUAGGUAAAUCAGCAUUGAAACAAUUGAUACAGCUCGAGCCAGAGACUAGCGGGAAUUAUGUGUUGUUAUCGAAUAUGUAUGCUAGCUUGAACAAGUGGGAUGAUGUGAAAAUCGUAAGGAAAUUGAUGAAAGAUCAUGGAAUCGACAAAGCUCCUGGUAGUAGCAUUGUCGAUAUUGAUGGUACUAUGCACGAGUUCCUUAUUAGCGAUGAGACUCAUCCACAUGCUAAAUGGAUAUAUCUGAAGCUGGACGAAAUGAAUAGAAGGCUGCAAGAACAUGGUCAUAAGUCAGGAACAAGAGAAGUGUUGUUUGACAUUGAAGAGGAAGAGAAGGAAGAUGCACUUUCAUACCAUAGUGAAAGCUUUAUUGUGUUUUCCUCUGUUGAAAGCUUCAGAUCUUCUGCAAAAAGAUAUUCGGGGUUUUCGCUUGAUUAGCCUUUUCUUCAGUAAAGGUGAAAACAAACUAAGGACUAAUGACUUUUGACCAAAAGAACAAACAUGUCUGCUCAGUAAAAUCGGAAGCUGAGAUGAACUUAGGUGACAUGAAACGUAUAGAUUAAUAUCUGCCGAAAAAAAAAGCACUAUUACUACAACGACGAACAAAAAGACAAGAGUCAAAAAGAAGUAAUUUGUCCGACAAUGUUGGUUUCCAUGGCACUACUGAAGCUGCACUUAAGUUUUAGCAACAAAUUGUUCCUCUGGUGGGCUCUUCAGCAACAGCCAACGAGCCUCACGUUGAUGCUUUGCAGUUACAAUUGACAAGCAAAAGAAUAUAACUUAUCUCUUCUACUCCUUUGAAGUAGGCAAGUAUCAAGGAUCCAACAUUGAGUUAUAUGUCUACGAUACAUAACGUCUUUAUUAUUGCUAAUUUAUUACUUUUUGGCAUUAGGCUCAACGUCACAUGCAUGCAAUGAAAAUAGUAGUAUGAGCUCAAGAAUGGUUGGCAGAAAAGGGUCCUCAUGAUUGUGUUGGGAGUGAAGAAGCAAGUUGCUUUUACUGUUUGCUCUGGAUAGCAGCAUAAAGAUAAAGUGCAGCAGAGAAAUUUCUUCGAGCUGAAUAUGCUGACCCAAAAAAUGAUGAGGAUAAAAAGGAUGACUAUCAGGGAGAUGAAGACAAUGCGGAUGACUUAAAGACCAAAAUCAUAUGAAGUAUUUCCUUGCUCCUUAAUUUUUGUAGAGUUUCUUUAACAUAAGCUAUUUGACUUUCAUUUGAUCUGCCAAGACUUACUCUACUUUUCUGUUCAAUAUGUUCAUUAUUUGCGUGCAUGUGAUUAACGCUUUUUGCUAUUACGAUCUUAUAUAUUCAAAUAAAUAAGGUGGAGCAUGUAACUGUAAUUGCAAAGACUUAGUACUUUAUUUUAUUAGUUUGCAUAAAUCCCAUUAAGAUGCGGGAAGCGAGACUCAGAUGGUUCGGGCAUGUUCAGAGGAGAAGCCCAAAUGCGCCGGUAAGGAGAUGUGAGCAGUUAGUUGUGGAGGGCACGAGAAGAGGUAGAGGGCGACCUAAGAAGUAUUGGGGAGAGGUGAUCAGGCAGGAUAUGGCAAGGCUUCAGAUUUCCGAGGGCAUGACACUGGAUAGGGAGAUGUGGAGGUCGAGUAUUAGGGUUGUAGGUUAGGAGGUAGUUUGAGUCUUUCCUUACUUUGUACCAUUGCGAGACCAGUCUGGUAGGGUUUUUGUAUAUGAUAGUUAGUGGCAAUGUUGUGUCUUACUAUUUCACUUUUCAAUGCAGGAACUAUUUACUAGC